AAAAACGCAGCACUAGCGUGGAACCAAACCAAAAGCCGUGAGGGGCCAAAGCACUAAACACCCCUCCAUUACUCCCAAUCCCAACUCCCUCUUCGUCUCCAACUCCGGCUUCCUCUUCCCGUCGCGAGAUUCCGGUGGUCGCGCCGCCGUCUGGAUUGAGAGCUCGAUACAUCUGAAUGAUUAUCUUCUGCCCCGGUUGUGUGUUCUUGGGGAGUUCGUGAUUGCUUCGCCGCCAUGGGUCCAGCCUCGAAUGACUCGCCGCACAAGCGGUUCUCCGGCGUCGCGCCGCCGGCGGCGCUCAUCUUCUUCGUGCUGGUGUUCGUCGGCGGUGCAAUCGUCACGCUUGAUCACAAGGAGAACCUGUCGAUUCUUCAGUUGCACCCGAUGGUUGUAACCGAGGAGGAAACGAGGGCUCCGGCGAGCGAGGUGCGCGCCGCUGGCGCCGGCGAGCGAGAAGAACUCUCCGGCGCCGGCGAGCGAGAAGAACUCGCCGGCAGCAGCAUCUGCGAGAACCAGUCCAGGCCAUCAGGCAGCGAGCCAUUGCCGAAGGGCAUCGUGCAGGACAAGUCCAACUUCGAGAUGGAGUCGCUCGGCGGCAACCCCGAACGGCGGAGCGUCGCCGGCCGGCCGGCGAAGAGCCUCCUCGCCAUCCCCGUCGGGAUAAAGCAGAAGGCCGUCGUCGACAAGCUUGUCUCCAAGUUCCCCGGCGACAGGUUCACGGUGAUGCUGUUCCACUACGACGGCGCGGUGGACGGGUGGAGGGACCUGCGGUGGUCGGACCGCGCGAUCCACGUCGCGGCGAUCGACCAGACCAAGUGGUGGUUCGGCAAGCGGUUCCUGCACCCGGACAUGGUCGCCGACUACGACUACAUCUUCCUCUGGGACGAGGACAUCGAGGUCGACGGCUUCGACCCCAUCCGCUACCUCAAGGUCGUCAAGCGCGAGGGCCUCGAGAUCUCGCAGCCGGCGCUUGACCGCCGCUCCCAGAUCCACCACCGCCUCACCCUCCGCUCCCGGAAAGGUCAAGUCCACAGGAGAUUCUACAAGACGAGAGGUGGGGGGAGAUGCGACGGCAACAGCACGGGGCCGCCAUGCACGGGGUGGGUGGAGAUGAUGGUGCCAGUGUUCUCGCGCGCGGCGUGGCGGUGCGCGUGGCACAUGAUCCAGAACGACCUCAUCUACGCGUGGGGGCUCGACUUCAAGCUCGGCUACUGCGCGCGGGGGGACCGGAGGCUCAACGUCGGCAUCGUCGACAGCGAGUACGUCCUCCACCGCGGCAUCCCCACGCUCGGCGACGGCGGCGGCAAGGCGGCGCCGUCGACCAAGGCCGCGACCGACCGGCUCGCGGUGAGGCAGCGCUCGUACACCGAGCUGCAGAUAUUCAACAGGCGGUGGAAGGCCGCCGCGGCGGAGGACGUGUGCUGGACCGACCCCUACCCCUCCUAGCCGGCGACCACCACCGGGUGACAUGGCCCGGCUCGUCGCCGGCGACGAGCCGGGACGACUAGUAGGUAGCUGCUGCAUUUGCUUAGAUGAUAGAUACAGAGCUUCUUCUUGAUCUCCAUACAUAAUGACAAUGUACAGAUUUGUUUCUCUCUCUCAUCAUCAGAUUAAGCUAAAUUAGAAUCAAAGAUGAUGUAAUUACUAUAGUUUUCAAAAAAAUAAAAGAUCGAUCAAUUUUUGGCAUGUAUGUGAGGUUUCGUCUCUGUACACAGCUGGAAUUAAUAUGGCUGAAAAUUAUUCCAAAAAUAAAAAGAAAGAAAAGGUUGCAUUUCGCAGCACAAAAAAACUGGGAAAAACUUAUCAAAAUUUACCGAAA